UUUGUAAAGCGAGUACACUGUAUCUACCCCAGUAUUUACAUACGUUCGUCUAUUUUUACAUCUAUCUGUGGAUGUAGUAUUACCAAGAUAGUAGCGCACUGCUUUCUACAAAUACCUUUUUAGGGAAGAAAAGAGCUGUACUGUAAUUCUGGUUAAUUGACCCUACUUCAAAAUGGCCGAACCACCAGUCUACACUCCCCCUGAACAACAGAAGACCGCCUACCCACCACCUGGAGUAUAUCCACAAGGUCAACCAGCAGCAUAUCCGCAGGGCCAACCGGGAGCAUAUCCACAAGGUCAACCGGUAGCAUAUCCGCAGGGCCAACCGGUAGCAUAUCCACAGGGUCAACCGGUAGCAUAUCCACAAGGUCAACCGGUAGCAUAUCCACAGGGUCAACCAGUAGUUUAUGCGCAAGGCCAACCAGGGGUAGUGUAUCCGCCAGGUCAGCAGGUCGUCAUCACUCAAGGGGGCGCCACCCAUGUGUACCAAACUGGCAGCAGCUCGGGAAGUUGUAACAGUACCUCCGAACAUUACAACCAAAAAGCCGGCUUUGCUACGGGGAUAGUGCAUCUGAUCGUAGCUAUCCUGUCCGUCAUUCUCGGCGGGGUUGCAUACGUGUUUCCAGUGUAUCAGGUCGGCUAUGGAAUCUGGUCUGCCUUCAUUUUCUACAUCCCUACAGGAAUCUUAGGGGUUGCUAGCAAGAAGAAGAACUCGUGCGUGAUCAUCGCAUACAUGGUGAUGGCAAUCCUGAGUACUUUCCAUGCCUUCGGGAUGCUGGCAUAUGAAUCAACUGUAGCCGCAGUGCUGACCUACGUCGAGUCUUGUUACUUCCGGUACACUGGUUACAGCAUCGACUCUAUCUGUGAAUAUAAUCGUUCGGUGGGUGCUAUCUUUGUUCACACCAUACUCGCUAUCCUGGGCUUGGUCGAGUUCAUUAACUGUAUCGUGUCUGCUGCCUACUGCUGUGGGGGACACUCAUGCUGCUGUGCCAAAGCCCCUACCAACCAGGGCACUGCCUCUACUGCCACCACGGUGCAGUAUGGCCAGGCACAGCCAAUGACAGUAGCGGCUAAUAGAUAUGCACCGGGUCCAGAAAGCGGAAAAUAGAUGUCUGAAUCAAUGACAUCAUGAUGACGUGACAUCCAGUAUCUACACUCAGAAGAAUCCAAAACCAAACCUUACUUCAAGACGUUGGCACUGGUCGACAUAUUUACUGAAGAAUCAAUGAACGAAAAAAUGAGCUUCAAGUUAAUAUAGGGAUGCCCUUGAUCGAACCUGGCGGGGUUAAUUCAUGUUCACUAAUGAAGGUAAAUAAGGGAUCACUUCCUUAGGAGUUAAGGCCAGUACAAAUUAUAAUGGAUUGUAUUCCAAGGUUGUGGUUGAAUUAUUCUUUCAAGAGUUGGUCUUUAACUUUUCCAGUCAGGAUUUCUACUCCAAUCAAUUCCUUUAAAUGACCCAUCCCGUGCCCAUCACCCCCAUAACGAGUGAUUUCCAUUCCUAGUACAUUUUACAUAGUAACGUUUGUCAUAAAGCAUGCCGGCAAACCCCACCCCCACCCCCACCCCCCCCCAUCUGAUUUGACAACAAGAAUAAAAUAAUAUCCAGCUUUCGUGACUUACAGUGUACCGCCAUGGUUAAAGCGAUCCCAAAGCUAGGCUAGUCUGCUAAUUCAGCGGAUUGAAAGCCAAUGGUGCAAAAACAAUCAAGUACAGUAGUACACUAAUCAGAUUUUAUCAUUUUAAAAGAAUCUAAAAGGUACCGCAGCUUCAUAAACAGGCUGACUAAUGGUAUUAUUUUAACUCUCAUAUUUUCUUGACAAGACAGUAUGAUGUUUCUGAAAUGUCACUGUAGGGGCCUUUUUAAUACAUAUCUGUACAACAUCAUGUAUAUUUUUGAAAACAUUAUGAUUGAUAAUACUCUUGUAAUGAUUAUAUUCCACUAAUCCUAGAUAUUUUUCAAAUGUAAUCAUAUAUUAUAAACAAAAACGAAUAUGACAUAUUAUAUAGGCCAAAGUAUUAUGACAGUAUUAUUAAGUCAAAAAAAGAUGUAUACCAUGUAUACAAUAUUUUUUUCUUUUCUUUUUACCUUUUAAGUUAUCAUUUUUUAUCGUAGAUUCCAAGAGGCUUUCUAUGUAUAUAUUUCGGAUGGUUCAAUAUUCGGUUUUGUUGUAUUUUAAAAGAAGUCGUGUGUAUUAUAUCUUCACUGUUUUUUAACAUAUUUUCACGUAUUCUAGUCUAGUAAGCUUUUGCACAAAUCAGAAAAAUUAUUUCUUAAUUGCAUAUAUGUAAUAUUAUUACUAAUGAUAUGAAUAAGGGGCAAAGGUGGUUGCUUUUGUCUGAAAAACUGUUUAUGUGAUUAUUUGAAAAUCUAUCAUCUAGGUCACAAAAUGUAUGAUAGGAGAAGAGAAGGGGAUCUACAGCUCCGGAGACAAUCGCUCAGCGAUCAAUAUCCUACACGAACAAAAUUUAAGACCUCACCCUUGGAAGAUAUACCCAAAUCCAAUCCUUAAAGCUUCUCUAAAGUGUUGGGAGACCAAACAAAUCUGGGCAAGUUCAGAAUCAUAUCCAGACUUUGAUCCGUAACUCCGGUGUAGAGAUAUUCUACUAAAACAUACCAAAAUCAACGAAUUCUUCAUUAAUUGUACGUGGGGGUCGGAUGAGACUGUAGCUUAAAAGGACUUUACCAUCGCUGGUGCCUUUAACAUUUAAUCAGUUCAUACGAUUAUCUUUGAUAUUAUUUUUUUUACUUCAUCCCAUAUAGUACGCUAUCAAAAAUUAUAUACGUAUAUAUCAUGUUUUUUUAAUUUUUAUAUAAACGGAUAGUAGCACAGGCAAUUCAUUGUAACGUGAAUAUCUUUGUGUAAACUAUUAACGAGACGAUCUUUUGCAACAGGCUUGGUACUUCAAAAUAAUGUACCAUACAUUUGGAGCGUUUUCAUAUUAGAUAAUUGUAUCAUUGUGAUGGUGUACUAAAUUUUAAAUAAAUUGAUCGAAGGUUUAUCGCUAGAUUAUAUAAAGUAUAGGUUGAUUUUUCCGAAGUAGUUGCGAUUGCGUUUUUGUUAAUACGCACGUUGUGAGUUGAAUCAGCCAAGGGUAUAAAUAUAGAUACUACACUAUUA